AUGAACUGCAAGCCAAUUUUGACGUAUUCCGGGGAUGUUCGGGUCUUUAAAACACUCGAACCACAUAUCGUGGCCGCUUUGCCGUCGGACACGGCCGAAUGGAAACGUUCCUAUGGGCGUCCAGUGAAAAACGUCCGCGUCGAAGCCACCUUCAAACCGUUCGACCAAAACGCCCUCGAGCGGUACAAGGAUGGCAAGUGGAACAUCGUGGACCAUCCAGUGCUGCACAUUUACGUGACAGAAUGUAGCGACAUCGAAGCGUACCGAGCAUCGGUAAAGGAAGAGAUUGACCAAUGGCUUAAGGUGUUGAACAACUACAAUGUAACGGAUUGGAUGAUACUGCUGGUCGAAACGUUGGAUAUGAAAAAGUCGAAAAACAUCCUACCACGCACCACGGUGCUGGACAAGAUACGGCUCGAUUUUGCCUCCAAGAAUGGGGACCGUUGUUUGUCCAUCCUGAAUCCGGCCAAGUUUGAGAUGAAAGCGACCGAAUCGUUUCGGUGCUUGCUGCAGCGCAUCCGGCACCUGAUGCUGACGGGUUACAACAGAACGAUCGUCAAGUACGAAGAACUCAUUCGUACGAAUAGGGAAAACCGCAUACAGGAAAACUGGAGCUUCAUCGAUUACUUUGUGCUGCAGGAGCAGCUAGCCUUUGUGCUGGAAAUGUUGGGUCAAUUUCCGGAGGCUUUGGUACAGUACGACGAGCUGGAUGCCAUGUUUUCCCAGUUUAUCCUGAAUUCCGUAUUUGGAGAGAAACAAAAAUGGCUUCACAUAUUCGAUCAGCCACUGUACGCGUUUCACGGCAUAUCGCUCAACCCGGCCAAAAUGAUGGAAACGCGCGAAAAGAUCAUCUCGUGCAAUGUGACGCUACUAGAGUUCCGCAGCUAUCUCUUCGAACGCCAGUGCAUGCUACUAGACGCCGCCGGUAAGCCGUGGGAAAUUGCGGAACGCUUGCUGCCCUUUCUGUUUUCUACGCUGCGUGAAAUCGAAGCCCUGAAGCUUGACACUCCACAGGGUGCACUUGCGUGCUGGGAAUUCGUCUGUGCCCUAGAGGUGCUGAACCUUUGCGACAAAGUACAGGAAUCGAAGGACAUUUACAAGUGUUCCCAAUUUUCCGCACCCAUCUGGAACUUGGCAAAGGAAAAGCUGUACAUGCUGGGCAAACAGUGCGGAUUACUUCCCGGAUUUGUUCCCACGUCCGAGCAGCUGCACACCGUAGUUCAUCUUUCUGCCGGGAUGGGAGACAGUUUGCCGGAAACGGGCAGCAGCGGAGGACUACGAAAUCUCGAACCAGAACUAAGCGACCGUACCAACACGAAAUCCGCCCAUUCACCUGCUAGAAAACCGAAAAAGUCGGCCACCGAUACGCUGAAGGAAGCACUCGGAUCAAAUCAAGCAUUCACAAAGCUGUAUCUCGAGCUAAGCGAAUUGGCAAUCAGUACGUACAAGCACGUGUCACGCUUGCGUUCGGCUAGAUUGGUGGGAUUGGAUCUUGGCAAUUUCUACAUCACCCUCAACGAACCACAGAAAGCGGUCAACUUCUUUACUGACGUGUUACGCGAACUUAAGUCGGAAAAUUGGCAUUAUCUCGCCAGCCAGACGCUGCUAGAUUUGGCCUCAUGCUACCGAAAGAUGGAGGAUAAUGUAAAUUAUACGAAAACGUGCAGCACUAUCGCCUGCUGUCAGGAUUUGGAACUGCUUGUUAGGACGUUUUACUUUGACGAAUUUACAAAAUCCCUCAAAACGUUACAAUCGGUACGGAACAUGGAUAUAAAUGCGCUCAGUGUAAUCAGCACACUCGAGGAUCAUUUUCAGGUGGUAAACGUAUCGCUGGAAAGCACCUCGAUAGUACAAGAUGACUUUAUACUGGUUACACUCGAGCUGGAAAGUAAUUUCCCACGUGAACUAAUAGCCGAACAAGUAUUGCUAUCGUUCGAGAUGAAUGCAAAACAGUCACUAGAGCCAACAGCAGUAACACCACCUUCAAACGCAGUAAAAGAAGUUGGUUCAAAGCUGCCGAUAAUACUUCAUCUCGAUUACAAGCAGGAUAAUACACUGGCCGGAUCAACGGUAGCGUGCGAUAAUCGUGCCAAACAACCGGUACGCCGUAGCAGUAGCACACGGCGCAAAAUAUCUCCCACACAGCGAUCCGACUUUACCAACUGUGUGUCCAGUGAAUCACGGCUCGUACUACAACCGGGCCGCAAUACGAUGAUACUCAAGACGAAAGCUACACGCGUUGGAACCUGGAGCUUCCGACAGCUUUCUAUACAGGUCGAUGCGGUAGAGUUCCUCUCCGAAUCUCUACCCGGCAAGAUAAGCAACUUUGAAACGAUCACAAAAGCGUCCGUGGCUACGAUGAACUUCGUAAAUCUUGUUGCGGGCGUAGAGCAACCGGUAGAGUUGGUCAUAUCGGCCGGAAGUUUCCGUUUUCCGAAGGAUGCCACAGCCACGUUACGUUGUUCGAAGAAUCUUAAAAUGAGACUAGCUGAAGCACCAGGCGUGCAGCGGACUCCCUUCGAAAAGGAACUUAUUGUCCAACUAACGGACUUUGCACCGUUCGAAAAGCGUACAAUCGCUCUAGAAGCGAUUUGCGAUCUUCCUGGCAAACGGGAAGAACGAGCCAUCGAGCAAAAGGUAUCUCUCCAGGUGCCCUGGAGUCGUAAUGAAAUCCUCAUCCCCCUACACUUUAUGCCAGCCCUCAUCGCAUCCUGCCGGUUGCAUUCGUCCGGUGCGCGCAAAUUUCUGCAGGUCGUGCUGAAAGGUGUCAGCGAGUAUCGGCUCGUACUGUGCGAUGCUCGUAUGAGCUGUGCGGCCGAAGGCGUAACCAUCAUUGAUAUUAAUCCGCCCGAGCAGCAGGAAACGGUAAUGAGCAAAGCGCUAUCGAUUUCGUAUCUGUACGAGUUUCAGGUGGAAGCAUUGAAGGCGGAAACGGAACUGCCGAUCGUUAACGUGGACUUUCGGAUGCGAUUUGCCGAUGCUAAUCUGCCGGCAGAAAGCCGUAACUACCUACCGUACAGCGUAACGUUCGACGUGAUGGACUAUACAACACUGUUCACGAUCUGCGCGAAGGUAGAACCGCAGGAGCUGUGCCGCGUUAACUCCGUGUGCCAUCUGAAUCUGCGCAUCUCGAAAGUACAUGACAAUCCGUACGCCGAUCUGAUGUACGAAGUGCUGACCGAUCAGAACAUGUGGGCUGUUGUUGGUCGUACUGCUGGAGUCAUCUCAAUGGAAGAAGUGGAAAGUCACAGCAUUACCCUCGAUGUACUGCCACUUACGGCCGGAUUUUUGCCACUGCCCAACAUCCGCCUGUCGAAGUAUAUUUCGGCAAACAAAUCCAAAAACGAUACCCACUCACGGUUGCAACCGUUUCCGCCCGGUCAGAUCUACAACUCGACCAAAAGUAUGCAAAUCCAUGUCCUUGCUAGCACAAACAAUGAUCAGCCCCAGUAGCGGAGUGUGACAGGAACAGUACGAGCGGUAUAAAAUGCCGAUGGACAACUACUGUGCAAAAGCUUC